AUGGCCGGCACGGACAUUAUUAAUUACUACGCGGACUUGGGAAUCGACGACGAGAAUGCAGACGAGGCAACGAUCAAGAAAGCCUACAGAAAGCUGGUCUUAAAAUGGCACCCGGACAAGCAUCCUGAAAACCGGGAUGAAGCAGAGACACAAAUACGAAAGAUCAACAACGCAUACGAGGUCUUGAGCAAUCCCACCAAGCGCUCGACCUAUGACGAUCAAAGAAGAGCCGUCAAAAGGAAGAAGCAGGGUUUCGGGCCACCGCCUCCAAGCGGCGCACCUCGCAUGAGAAUUCCGAAGGAAUUCAUGAUGAUGCCAAUAGGAUUCCCAGACAGAUUUGUCCGGUACAACGGCCGGCGACUUUUCGUCCAUAGUCGAAAAGAUGACCCCGACGUCGAAUUCAAGGCCUUUUUCGAAGACACGAAGUGGUCGCUGUGGUGGCUGCCAGAAGUUAACAAUAUGUGCCGCGUCAGAGCGCUCGGAUCAAAAGCAGCCGGGGAGAAGAUGGGAGUUGCUGCGGGGCUAUGUGGAGGCUUGAACUUGUCGUUCUUUAUCGACCCAGCCAGCCCUACCGACUCUGAAGUGGGUUUAGAAGAUGCUCGCAAGGGCGAAAAAGUUGACAAGGUCAAUUUCGUCGCAGUGACGAGUCCAGCCUACGAGGGGGCCUUCCGUUUUGAGGCUGCUUAUCGACGAGGAUUUUACCUGACCUUCCUACCGCCAAACCAUCUACGCGUGGCACCGUACGGUGAGGAGGAUGACAGAGGCAUUGCAGACUUCGCUCUGGUGGACUUCGGGGUAAUGUUCAAGUUCAUUGAGAUGGAGGAGGUCCUCCAGCCCGCUAUCGCGGCUUACAAGGGGUGGGUAAAGCUGGAGCAGCUCCGGAAGGAUCCGAACAUUCUCUUGUACUUCUCCAACAUUCUGCAAAAGCCAGUCUGGGACAACGAAGACUUCAUCAUCUACUUCGAGGGCCACUGGGAGACCUGGGAGUUCAACAAAGACACCCAAUCGGUCAGGCUCCGAACGAAAGAGGAGAAGUUGGCCCAGAUGCUUGCAACAGUGAAAGAUAUAGACGGGGUCUCGGCUGUUGUGGCGGGUGCCAAAGAUGAACUCACCAAAUUGCCGCUUCUGGCAGCGGCACGUGCUUUGGUGGUGUUGGCGGCAUCCACUCAUGACGGCGAAGGGCUUGAUGUCACCAAGACCAUAAACAGGAUAGCAGCGCAGAAGAAACUGCUCUCAAAUCUACGAAGCAUCCUCGCCACUGCUACGAACGGGGGUGAAGUCGUGCUUCCAUUGAAUGACCUGCUGGACAUGGCAGAUCUUGCGGGUGCAGUCGGGGGCACCGGAGCUGCGAGCGAUCUCGUGCACACACGACAGGCCGCACAGCAGGCCGUGGCUGACAUCGUCUUCAGACAACUCGCCGAUGGCAAAUCGCAGCUUGACGUGGCGUUGCUGGGUCGAGUCCUUCGAUUGCCGGGGGCAGGCGAAGUCGACUCCACGCUGGCAUCCAUGUGCCAGCCGCUCGUUGCAAAUGUGGGGCUAGAGCAAGCUCUUGAGUUCGUGAGACAUGCCGGUUCAUCUAGCUGUGUCGAAGUGGCCAACACUUAUGCAACUUCCGCACUUCUGAUGAUGGACACCAAACAGCCCGAACCAUCAGCCGAGGAGCAGCUGGAGAUCCUGCGAACCAUAGCUUCUGCAGGUGCCGCAUUGGAGGACAUUUCGGGCCGCCUGGCUCGUCUGGCUCCUGUUUCUCAGGCUGAUGUGCUGGUGGAUGUUGUUCUUGCCAUCGCGGAGCGCGGCUUCAGCUCUGACGCCCUAGCCACUGCUACGCAGGUUUUGGCGACCAAGCUUGGGAGCACGCAGCUCCAGCCGACACGGCUUCUGGAUCUUGCUGUGGCGUCCACCAAGAGCACCAGCUUGGCGCCGGUGAUUGGCGCAGUAGCCCGUGCCGUGGGUGCAAGUGCGACCACGUGGCCUGUGAGUGACCUGGUUCGCCUGCUCCUGGCGAUGGCGAAAGCCAAGAAGGCCUUGAACACCGAAGACAAGGCAUAUCUUCUGAAGCAAGCAGCGGAAGCUCUGAAAAGUGAACUGGGAUCAUUACCUGCAGCUGACGUUAUCAAGCUGGUUUUGGCAACUGCGGGGGAUGGUUGCUCAGAGUUGUUGGAGGCAGCUGCAGAAGAAGCCGUUGAUCGCAGAAUAUCUGUGUUUCCACCGGCGCAGCUACUGAUGCUGUCACAGGGGCUGGUCACGGGCCUCGGUUCCAAGCAUGGCCUCGUGGCAAAGUUGGUUGAUUUCUGGUCUGAGACACUGAAGGAAUGGACGAAGGGUGCUGGGGGUGCCUGGGACAGCGACGACGAAGUCACCAAGCAGCGUCGAGAGCUGGAGAAAAAGUCUCGCUUGUCAGCAGACCAGGUAGUACAGCUGGCAAAAGUUAUGGCUGUUGGCUCCAAGAGCCUCACCGAAGCCAUCGGCGGAAAUCUGGUCGCCAGGGCGAAGGAGCUCACCGAGAAUGGCCGGAAGGCCGUUGAUGCUCAGAUCGCAGAUGGCGCAUUAGCGACCUACUCCCGGAAGGAUCGACUGAAAAGAGCGGUUGCAGCCGCCGCUGGCAGCAACAGCCGAAGUCGAAGUCGCCGGCGCAGUCGAAGCAACAGCCGCGACCGAGGGAGGAGACGGAGAAGUCGCAGCCGAAGCCGUGAUCGCGGUAGAGAUCGUGAUCGAAGGUAG